CAAUACAAUUAACUUCUACUCAAGUAACAAAAGAAUAAGCAAGUCAUAGACUGAAAACACAUUCUUGUUUAUAUUUUCGUUGAUGAGAAGUUCGAGUAUAAGUGAAGCUGCGUCACAUAACGGAUCUGAUGUCUGCUUUCAGACUCGGAGGAACCGUCUCCGCCGACGCCAGCGCAGCUCCGAUACAGUGAGUUCACGUCUCUCUCGGCUCUUUCACUCAUUCACUGAUGUUUCUCUCAGCUCUGGAUCUUCUGCUUUCUAGUUCUGCUGCACAACGCCAUUCCCUUCAUCGGCUUCGGCUUCCUGGAUAACGCCAUCAUGAUCGCCGCCGGCACUCAGAUUGAACUGUCCAUCGGAUUGACGCUGGGAAUAUCCACCAUGGCAGCGGCGGCUCUGGGGAAUCUGGUGUCUGAUCUGGCUGGACUCGGUUUAGCAGGUUACGUGGAGGCUCUGGCUGUGCGCUUCGGGAUGCAGAUCCCUGAUCUCACACCGAAACAAGUGGAUAUGUGGCAGACCAGAGUCACUUCACACAUGGGUAAAGCCAUCGGCAUCACUAUCGGAUGCAUUCUGGGAAUGUUUCCGUUGCUCUUCUUAAGCGAUGAUGAUGAGGAGAAGAAGAAGAAGCAUCCAAACUCAAAAUGACAGGCUUUCCAUCUGCACGACAACAAUGACAUUUAUAUUGACAAAGUGAAGAAAUCAAGCAAAAGAAGAAAAGUGCACGUGGUAAUCAUCAUCAUCAUCAUCAGAGUAAUGGAAAAAAUCAUUAAACCACAGUAGCUAGUUAAUCUAGAGAUAGACGUUAUAACGAGUUGAGUUUCUCUCUCUUUAGCACUAACACUACUUUAAAGGUCCGUUCACGGCAGGAACGAUAACUCUUAACGAUUAGUUUUAAUAAUCACGCCACACUACAAUCAUAACGAUAGCAACACAGAGGAACGGUAGGAAUCGGCUUCAACGAUUAGAAUCAAGUCACGUGUAUUUCUACAGCACUUUAUACAGUACAGACCGAUUCAAAGCAGCUUCGCCGAAAUAAACCGGAAACGUCAUCAGUUAUGAUCAUAGUGUCAGUGCGGUUUAAUCUGUAAUAUCACUGAAGAUUAAUAGUCUUUUACUCCUGAAUACUGUCGUAGUUACUGUUCUCGGCGUGAACGGGCCUCUCUUUACCUUUCCGUUGUUUGUUUGCACUAAUAUUUCCUCUGGUUUAGAUUUAAGCAGCAUGUUGUUCUGCGGAAACUAGUUUUAGUUUAGUUUGCCGUGAUUAACUCAAACUAGAAACUCAUUUGCAUUAUAUCUUUGCAACAUCAUGAAACCAAACAUCUCACACAUCAAUGUGAUUUCAGCUGGAGUUAGCUUUAUUCUGAACGGCACAAGCUUUUUUACUCUCACGCAUGAUGUUAUGUGACGUUCUGCGUUCCCAUCAUGCAUCUGAGACGUGAGCUACACCUCUCUGAGCCGCUGGGAUGAACGUUUCCUCAACCAAACACUGUGUUUUAAUCAGUUCAGACGCGAUUUUAAUUUACUUGCUUCUUCAGUAAAUGCAUCUUGAUUUUAAGAAUGCUGGAAAACACAGAAAUACUGAGCGAGAGCAUCCGUUUAUUGCAGUGUGAUCAGAAGGGUCAGUUAGAGUUAUUUAGUUGCACUAUUUGUUUGUUAAAUUAAUUAAAAAGUAAUGGAGAUCCGUUGGAAGCUGUAUUUUUUCAAACUUUGAAGUGUUGCUAAUUUAGAGGCUAUAGUGAUGCAUUGAGUUCCCUUCAAUUUGUUCUUUACUUCGUCUGAUUUAUCUACGUGACAUCUGAAACCCUGCAUCUGCUCAUGUGCAUCGCUCAGAUAUGAUUAAAAGCAUAUUUUUACUUUUAUUUAAAUCGUGCCAAGUUAUAAUCGCUGUGUGUGAUUGAAUGAUGGACCGGGUCGUAUAUGGAUGU